AGUCAUUGGGAAAUGAUGGCAUCAAACAAACGCUUGAGUUUCUUUCUUGCCCGAUCUCUAUCUCUCUCUCUCUCUCUCUCUCUCUCGGUCUCUCCCGUUCAAGAUCAAAUCUUUUUGUAACAUUAUACCCUUUCUCUGGCCUUUGUCGAACAUUUAUCAGGCAGAAAUUUCUAGCUUUUUAAUAGGUUAAAGUUUCCAUCUUUUUAAAAGAAAUGAGUGAUCAAACGCUAAAUUCAGAGACUGAAAGCAGUUCUUCUUCGUCACCGCCAGCUUCACCUUCUUCUUCAAAAACCCAGCAAACCCUAGACGCAGAAUCACCGACUAAAAAGAUCAAGCGCAUACGUGAUUCAAACAAACACCCAGUUUAUCGCGGCGUCCGUAUGCGGAACUGGGGUAAAUGGGUGUCAGAAAUUCGCGAGCCGCGCAAGAAAUCGCGCAUUUGGCUUGGUACUUUCCCUACUCCUGAAAUGGCAGCUCGAGCACAUGAUGUUGCAGCUUUAAGCAUCAAAGGUAACUCGGCAAUUCUUAACUUUCCUGAACUCGCUAACUCACUUCCCCGACCUGCUUCACUUGCUCCACGUGACGUCCAAGCCGCUGCAGCUAAAGCAGCACAAAUGGACCAAUUUGACCAAAAAGCGUUUGACUCAGCAACAACAACAACAACUUCAUCAUCAUCUCCGUCAAUGUCUUCGGCCUCUGCUUCUUCAUUAUCAUCUCUUGUAUCGGCGAUGGACUUGUCGACAGGGUCAGAGGAAGAGUUGAGUGAGAUCGUGGAGUUACCGAGUUUAGGGACGAGUUACGAGUGGACUGAGUUAAGCAGCGAUUUUGUGUUUGUCGACUCUGUAGAUGGAUGGGUAUAUCCUCCGCCAUGGGUACAGAGCUUGGAGGAUAGUUAUGGCGAUGGAUGUCUGUUUGAUGAAAUGACAGUGACAAAUACUAUAAGUAAUAGCUUUGAACAAGGUUUGUUAUGGGAGUACUAAUUAUUUUUUUUUUCUUUUUUUGCUGUUUGUGAAUAAUGUAUUUUGUGUAUGUGUGUAUGAGUUUCUUUUUCUUUUUCUUUUUGCUGUAAUCUAAAGAUUUUAGCCCUUUCUGUUUUUCUUCUAAGGGCUAAAACUUUUUUUUUUUUUUUUCUUUUUUGGUUUUCAGUCUACCUCUCAGUGUUUAUGUGACAUUGUGACCUCUUUAAUCAAUCGAACUGUACAGAGUUAGGAAAGAGGGAAAUGCCAUAAAUUUUUCCCUUUCUUGGUUGGUGGAAGCUCAUAAAGGCCUCUUUCCCUCUUUCUUUUGCAAGAAAAUCUUUCUUUAUAACAAUAAUAAUAAUAAAAGCUCCCAUAAAAUGAAUUUUGAUUGUA